AUGUUUAGCAAUAUAUCACGUUCCAGUAUAACCGCUGUUUUAAUGAGCCUAUUCCCCGUCUACAUAAGUGCUUACAUAGGAUCUGAAGGUAAGAUACGCACACCCCCCUCGAAGCGUUCCGGAGACGAGAAGCUGCGCCGCACGGGACUGGCCACCAUCGCCCCGCAGAAGGGCGGGAGUAGCGACAGUGACGAUGAGAUGGAGAUUUGCACACCACGCUCUCCCCAGACUCUGCUGCGGCAUCUCACCAAGAGAAGUCAUUCCGACCCAGAGGUGACGCCCCUGUCCCCGCCUCCCUCGCUCUACACGGAGGAGGAGGAAGAGGAGGGUCCCCUUGCCAGGAAGAAGCUCGUGGCGGAGCAGGAGCCGGUCCUCCCGUCCACGCCAGAGUCGGGCUCCUCCAACUCCUCGUCCGCCAACCCCUUCCGGGCCAUGAGCGAGAAGACCAGCCUCGGGAGCAAGGGGGAUGACGACGCCGACGAAGGGACACCGCGCGAGGACGACGCCGGGGCAGGGACGGCGGGCGCAGCGGAGGACGAGGUCGACUCCCAGCAAGAAGAAGGGUGCGGGCAGUGCUCGGGUGGAGUUUUCCCCUCACUCCCUGAUAACUACCUUCGGUCUAUAGGCCUAUCGAGGGACGACCAUUCGCCCGCCGAGAAUCUCUCCCCACAGGAAAUCGAAGGGAAGUUCAAGCAGCUGUCCCUGGCCUUCAACACCGACCGCCUCACCCUGCGUCAGCGCCUGGACGUGCAGCAGCGGCAGAGGGACACCGCCGAGAACAACUUCGAGUCGGAAAUCAACUUGCUUCGUAGUGCGGUGCUGGCUCUGCACGCGGACUGCCUCGACUCGGAGCUGGUGGACAACGUCACGCAGGUCCGUCGCCAGCUGGACGUCCUCAUAACCACGUCAACCAGACUAGUCUCUGCCUCUGAGGUAUGGGGCGCAGUCCAGCAGGAAUGGCGAGUGUCGAGGGCUCUUGAGGUGCUGCUGCUUCACGUGGAGAACGUCAAGAGGCUGUACGAGCGGGACCACCAAGAGCUCGAGGAGAUGCGCAAACUACUUGCUGAAUAUCAAAUAGACAUGCCUAAUUCUUCUGGUGCCAAUUCCAAUACUCAGUCCAAUUCUGACAAUCCUAUCCCUGGAGUACGUUUGCGGACAUUCAGCUUUGCAUAUGGGGCAAAACAGCAAUCACAAGAAAAUCGCCGCAUCAGCCUUGCAUCAGGUACAACCCUUAGUGCAUUCAGAGGAACCAAAGCUUCAAUGAGAAGGUCAUCUCUAUUGGCAGAUAUACGCCCAUUCCAAGAGAGCAAAACCUCCAUAGCUGCUGUUGCUGCUGCUGCUGCUGCUGCAUCAAGUAGAGCCAGCAUAUCUGGUGCAAGUAAAGAUAAAGCAGAAAAAAAUGGCCAGGCUUCAAAUGGAGUGUUUAGCAUAACUGAGGAAGGCAGUGAAAGUGGUGGAGAAGGAAGUGACACCCCCCCAUUAAGUUCCUCAGGAGGAACACCAACAGCUUUAGCAAUAAGCAGAACCUUGGCUCAGCUUCAUCCUGAUCUGUAUAGUGCUGUGCCCCAAACAGAAGAGGCUACUCGCAGGUUAAGUGAAGAUGAUAGUUCGGGCUCCAUAACCCAGUCUAUGGCAGCUGACUCAACUGUAGCAACUACUCCGGCUCCAAAUCCUGAAACAGGGCCACAGCAUUGGCUGAUGGUUGGGCUGGAAGACGUGAUAGGCUGGAUUCGUGGAGGGAGAUGGCCUUACUCCUCACAACAGACUGUAUUAGGUGCUCGUUAUGCAUUUACAUCUCUUUUAUUAUUAUUAGCCGCCUUUUUCCUACUGUUGACCAUAUCUUCGAGUGAUCAGCAGGUCCCCCAGCCAUAUCACCCAGGCUGGACUUCUAUCACUCAUGUACUGCAUCCAUUUGUCACUCUGAGAUAUGUUGGGACCCCUCCAACAUGAUGUGUGAAAGGUUAAGUACAUAUUAUUUCAACAUAGUGUAAAUAGAACAAAAAUUAUUUUACUUUAACUGUCCUGAUUCUAAUCUCAGAAUAGCUUAUGUGUCCAAAGUAUAUUUCUAGAGUCUUAGGUCAAUAUUUUUUUCUUUGCCUCAAGAAUAUUCUGACAUUUCUUGUGAUUUGAACAGUGUGACUGACAACAAAAUCACAUUUAUAGCAUAUACAUUUCUUGUUUUAUCAGUUUGUUACUUAUUAUGAAAGAACACCAUUAAAAGUGCUAUAAUUUGGAUUUUGUGCGUGAAUCAUUUGGUGAUAGAUUCAACUUCCUGUUCAUAUGUCAGAUUCUGUGGUAUUGGAUUGGUAAUGUAGACAAAGAAAUACUAAAUACUUGAUUUUUUUUUCAUGAUUAGUUUUUUCCAAUUGGAAAUAUGCUAUCAGUAACAUUGAUUAUUGCUACAGAUAUGCAUAGUUUAAUGCUACUGAUAUGUUUCUCUAUGUCAUAUAGAUAAUCUAUAUGCUUAUUUUAGUUCAUAUCAGACUCAAGGAAUAUUUUAUUAGUGCCAUUUAUUUACCUAUGGACCAGUGUGUCUUUCCGGCCUAGUGACUAAAUAUACAAUUUCUUUAGUAAUAUGUUUAUAUGUUAGAGACUUUGUAAAGGAGAGGUAUUUCAAAAUAUACAAGUAUUUAUUUUUACAAGGUUUAUAUCCAUAUUACAAAAGAAAGAAUGUAUUUUAUUUACUGUGAUAAAUAGGAAUGAAGUCAUUUCAAUAAAAGUAUCAUAAAUGUAU